UGCUUCUGUGUGUUUGUGUGAGCAGAGGAGGGCGAAAACAAUCGACCAAUGGAAAACAUAAACAUUUAAAUUUGAACAUAUUUGGUAUCAGAACUAGAUGACCGGCCCAACAUGUCACUGCCGCGGAUCACGGACUUCGAAAUUCUCGAAAAACUCGGAGCGGGCAGCUAUGCGACCGUAUACAAAGCGCGGCACAAAAAACAGCGCACUUAUCACGCCAUCAAGUAUGUGGAAAUGUCGACGUUGUCGGAAACCUCGCGGGAAAACCUAAUCACCGAAAUACGCCUCCUCCGGGAACUCAAGCACAAGUAUAUUGUGACGCUACAGGAUUUCUUCUGGGACGACAAAAACAUUUACAUUGUGUUGGAAUACUGCAAUGCCGGCAAUCUAUCCGCUUUUAUACGAACCAAGAAGGCAUUGCCGGAGAGCACCUGUCGCUACUUUCUGCGCCAACUGGCGGCAGCUGUGCAGUACAUGCGAGCCAACGAUGUGUCCCACUUCGAUCUGAAGCCACAGAACCUGCUGCUCACCCGCGGAGCUAACAAUGUGUCCCUGAAGGUGGCAGACUUUGGGUUUGCUCAGCACCUGAAACUGGGCGAAAUCAAUCAACAGCUGAAGGGAUCGCCGCUCUACAUGGCUCCGGAGAUUGUGCGCAAGCAUCAGUACGAUGCCAAGGCAGAUCUCUGGAGCAUCGGUGUGAUCCUCUACGAAUGUCUAUUCGGCAAGGCGCCGUAUAGCUCGCGAACCAUUGAGGAACUAUUGCUGAGGAUCAGAAAGGCCGAGGCCAUAACACUGCCACCAAACGCUCGGAUCAGCAACGAGUGCCAUGAUCUCCUGCGCCGUCUUUUGGCCCACGAGCCCACGGCCCGCAUUUCGUUUGCGGACUUCUUUGCGCAUCCUUUUCUCGAUCUCAAGACGUUUCCCACGGAGCACACUCUGCAAAAGGCCAUUGAUCUGGUCACGCAGGCAUGCGCCUACGAUGAGAAACGCAACUACAAGGAGGCUUACUAUCUGUACUGCAGUGCCCUGCAGUAUUUUGUGCCGCUAAUCACGGAGGAGACGGACGCCACCAAGCGGCUGGCAUUGCGCAAUCGUGCCUUGUCCUACACAAAGCGCGCCGAGGAAAUCAAGAAUUGCAUAAUCGAGGACGAGUACAGGAUGUUGGCUGAACGGCAACGGCAGGCGGCUACAGCUGCCACAGCUAACCAAGAGUCACCUUCAGCUUCCCAAGAGCCCGCUGCGCAGCCCAGCAGCUCGCGGGUUGCUGAAAUGCUGGAGCCGGAUGCCCGCUAUAAACAGCUAUAUGCCCUUUCGAACUCAAGUCCGUCCCUGAAGACUGGCCUGGAAAUCGGACGGAAGGGUGAGCUUUACCUCUACGAACGGAAGCUGGACGCAGCACUGGAGUCGUACACUUCGGCGUUGGGCAUUCUGGUGCCGUUUGUGAAUAAUGAACCAAAGGGCGAACGCCGUAAUCUUUUGCUGCAGCAGCUGGAAUUCUGGAUGAAGGAGGCGGAGAGCAUCAAGAGCAUUUUGAGCGCCAAGCACUUGGACGAGGAGGAGCAGAAGCUGUCCACGCGCACUUCAUUGAGAACCAUCACAUUCCAGGGCUGGUCAAGUCCGCCGCUCCUUUAUUUCAUUCUGUUUAUAGUGCUUAAUUUGAUUAAAAUUGUUUAAAGAUAACCGAA